UUUUAGGAACUUUCUGUCAGCAUUAUUUGCUAGAUAGGGUAAAUAAUUUUUCAUAAAAGGAUUUUUUCUUUAUAAUCGUGAUAUUCAGAUUAGUCGAAAAAACAUUUUUUUUUUCUAGAUUACAGUAAUCAAUUAAAAUCAAGCAGAAAAAUAGAGAGAGAACCAGGUUGUUCACUUUCUCUCUCUACAUCUACUACUUUACUGCUCUCUUUUUCUUCAUUCAUUCAUACCACUUACUCUUUUAUUUUUUAACAAAAGAGAAAAACCCAAUUUCUUUUUUGACCAUUUUUAAUUUAAUUUUCUCUCUUACCCAUCAACUGAAAGAAACUGAAAGAGUUGGUAUAGAGAGAAAUAUAGAAACAGUUUAUGUGAUUUAUUACUGAAAAGGUAAGUUCUUUAAUUUUAUUACACAAAAUGUAGAUUCCCUUUUAUGUCAAGAAUCAAGAAUCAUUUAUAUAUGAGAAAAGAUGAGAAUUUUGAUAGUUAAAUGAAGGUUUAGCAAGAAUGGUGGAGCGAAAAGGGAGAGUGGUUUUGUUUUGUUUUGUGUUUUUGUUGUUUAUUGAGUGUACAUUUGAGCAAAGGGUGGUCAGUUCAGUAGCUGAGAAAUUUGCUUUGCUUCAAUUGAGAUCUUCUUUAGGGUUAAGGGCUAAAGAAUGGCCUAUAAAGGGUAACCCUUGUGUAAAUUGGGUUGGGAUUGUUUGCAAGAAUGGUAGAGUUGUUGGGAUCAAUAUAUCUGGUUUUAAGAGAACAAGAGUUGGGAGUCAAACCCCUAAAUUCUCUGUGGAUGCUCUUCAAAAUUUGACUCCUUUGGAGUCUUUUAAUGCAUCCAAUUUUGCACUUCCUGACUCUAUUCCUGAAUGGUUUGGUGUUAGGCUUGUUUCUCUUCGGGUUCUUGAUCUUAGUUCAUGUGCAAUUAUUGGUCCUAUACCUCCUAGCCUUGGGAAUUUGACUAGUUUAGUUACUCUAAAUUUGUCUAACAAUGGUCUCACUGGGCAAGUGCCUAUAACUUUGAGGCAAUUGUCACGCCUUUCGACUCUUGAUCUUUCGAGGAAUAAGCUUGUUGGGGUGAUUCCUAAUGCCUUUGGUUUAUUUCCGAACCUUACCGUGCUUGAUAUGUCCUCAAAUUUCCUUAGUGGGGCUAUUCCUCCGGAAAUUGGGAGUUUAGUUCUGUUGAAAUCGGUGAAUCUGUCUGAUAACAGCUUAUCUUCGUUGAUACCUACCCAACUCGGUAACCUUUCUAAUCUGGUUAACCUUGACCUCAGCUCGAAUAGUCUAAGUGGAGUUGUUCCUGAAUUAGGAGGAUUAAGGAACUUGCAGAGAAUGGCAGUUGAGAAAAAUAGGCUGUCUGGAUCGUUGCCUGUUGCUCUGUGGUCGAUGCCUGGGUUACAGUUCCUUGAUGCCUCUGCGAAUAACUUCACGGGUAUUCUGCCAAAUGUUAGCUCCAUUGUCAAUGCUACUAGUGCAGUGUUUAAUCUCUCUCAUAAUAUGUUUUAUGGAAAUUUGCCGUCUUUAAACAGAAGCUUCAGUUUUCUAGAUUUAUCAGGAAACUAUUUUCAAGGAAAGCUCCCAGAUUAUGCACGACGCAAUGUGUCAAUUAAUAGCAAUUGCCUCCAAAACGUAACAAGUCAAAGGAGUAGGAGUGAAUGUGCAUCUUUUUAUAGCGAGCGUGGCUUGCCGUUUGAUAAUUUUGGAGAGCCAAAUGCCACAGAGCCUCUUCCAGCUCCCAAAUCCAACAAAAAGAGUCACAGAAAUGUAAUCAUAUUGGCAGCUGUUCUGGGUGGCGUUGGAUUACUUGUACUUGUCCUUACCUGUAUGCUGCUACUGGUUUUUUGCACCCGCAAACGGGGUGCCACGAAUCAAAGAGCCACCGAGGUUGGGCCUGGCCCUGCCAGUGCAAGUCCACCACCUCCUGUACCUGGAGUAUCAUUGAAUUUUUCAAGCUUAGGAGAUGCAUUUACCUACCAGCAGAUUCUUCAAGCCACAGGUGAGUUCAGUGAUGCAAAUCUGAUGAAGCAUGGCCAUUCAGGUGACCUCUUCCGGGGUAGCCUAGAAGGCGGGACACUUAUAGUUGUCAAAAGAGUCAAUGUGCAGUCUGCAAGGAACGAAGCAUACUUGUCAGAAUUAGACUUCUUCAGCAAGGUUUCUCACUCUAGAUUAGUACCUUUUAUGGGACACUGUUUGGAGAAUGAGAAUGAGAAGUUUGUGGUAUACAAGUAUAUGCCAAAUAGAGAUCUCUCCAGUUCUUUGUUUAGAAAAAACAAUUCGGAUGAUGAUAGUUUGCAGUCACUGGAUUGGAUAACAAGACUGAAAAUUGCUAUUGGAGCUGCUGAGGGUUUGUCGUAUCUACAUCAUGAAUGUAACCCGCCUCUAGUGCACAGAGAUGUUCAAGCAAGCAGCAUACUUCUUGAUGAUAAAUUUGAAGUACGGUUAGGGAGUCUAAAUGAGGCCUGCGCACAUGAAGGAGAAAGCCAUCAAAACCGAAUUUCCAGGCUGCUUAGGCUGCCACAGACAUCAGAACAAGGUGCAUCAGGUACACCUAGUGCCACUUGCGCAUAUGAUGUCUACUGUUUUGGAAAGGUUUUGCUUGAGCUAGUAACUGGAAAGUUGGGGUUCAGUGCAUCCAAUGACGCCAGCAUGAAGGAGUGGUUGGAUGGUACAUUAAAGUACAUUAGUAUAUAUGAUAAAGAACUUGUCACAAACAUCGUGGAUCCUUCCCUGAUCAUAGAUGAAGAUUUAUUAGAGGAAGUAUGGGCAAUGGCUAUUGUUGCCAGAUCCUGCCUCAAUCCCAAGCCAUCAAGGAGACCCUUAAUGAGAUACAUCCUUAAAGCUUUGGAAAACCCUUUGAAGGUAGUUAGGGAAGAACACACUAGCUCAGCAAGACUAAGAGCAACUUCCUCGAGAAGUUCAUGGAACGCUGCUCUUUUUGGCAGCUGGCGUAGCUCCUCAGAUGUAGCAGCCGUACCUGCAGCAGCCUCAGCACAUAAGUUGGAAGGAACAAGUAGUUUGAAGCAAUCAGGAACUACAGGCUCUCAAGGAAGCGGUCCUAAUGGGGACAAAAGUCAUUCUUCAUCAACUAGACGACAGUCGAAAGAGAUUUUCCCCGAGCCAUUGGAGGAGCAAGAUGUAGAGAGACCGCAUGAGGGGUAGAAGGAGGUGAUUGCCAUUAAUUCUUUGUUAAUAAUGCAGCAGGAUCUGCAUUAAGGUUGCCUUUUUGUUGGCGCACCUUGUACAUUCUCUGUUUUUGGAGUGCUGAGUUUGCAAGCCAUUAUCUUGCCGUUGAUCAAAGGGAACUUUGAAAAUGGAGAUGCGUCGUUUACCUGGGACAGCAAACAUCAAAUUGUUUAUUGGGGUUUUGGGGAUUUUUAAGUUCAUUUUUCUUGGGAUAGAGUUGGACAACAGGAUUUAGCAGUGGUGGUUCUUUUUGUUAAUUUGUUUGGUUGGGGGUUUAUGUUUCAUUCCAAACUCCAAUUCUUUUCUUAUAAUUCUUCUCUUUUACCAGUCUCUCCAUGGAAUGUAAAUUAUACAGAAUCUUUCAUUUUUCAAAUGGAGGAGAGGGGAAAAAAAGGCAUCUCAUUGAUCUUUCUUUUA